AUGUCGGAGAACGAGGACUACGACGACGUGCACUUCGACACUGCCGCCGUCAUUGCCGGCAGCCACGGCGGCGGCCUGGACACUCCCGGCCUCAUUGCCCCAGACGCGCCCAACGACUCCAGCGGCUUCAGUGGCUCCAGCGGGAGCAGCCCAGGCGAGCCCGCCUACGACGCCGUGCGCGCCCCCGCCGACGCCGACCGCGCCUCGCCCCACGGCCGGCGCAAGAGCGUUCAGGUCAACCUCGAACGCACCGCCACCAAGGGCCGCUACGUUCUCACCGCCGAUGACCACGAGAUCCGCCGCAUCUUACGCCACGGCCUGCAGCAGGAGCAGCGCCCCAGCCCUCGCCUACGCUUCCGCGACCUGGUCUUCACCCGCCAGUUCUCCACCUUCGACCGCCAGAACUCACUCAGCUACGACUCGCCCUUCCGCGGCUGGUUUACUCUCUUUUGGCUGUGCAUUGCCCUGCUGCUUAUCCGCGUCGCCGCCAAGAACUGGAGGACAUACGGCAGCGUCCUCGGCCGCAAUGAGAUCUGGAAUCUCAUGUUCGAGCGCGACGUCGUCGUCCUGGGCCUCACCGACGGCGUCAUGUGCGUCGGUACCCUUUUUGGCUUUGCCUUGCAAAAGGCUGUCGUCGCCGGCUACCUGGCUUGGGAAGGCCCGGGCUACAUCAUCGAGCACCUCUGGCAGGCUUCUUACCUGGGAGCUGUGCUCUACUGGACCAUCUACCGCGACUGGCCCUGGACUCACACCAUCUUCACUGUCCUACACUGCAUGGUCUUCCUCAUGAAGCAGCACAGCUAUUCUUUCUACAACGGCUACCUAUCACAGGUCUAUCGCCGCAAACAGCUUCUGGAGCAGAAGCUCCACGAGCUUUCCGAAAAGGAGCCUACUACUUCUCGCCCGAACAGCCCUAUGGUCACCUCUUUCGACGUCCCCCAUUCCGACAGUCUCCGCCGGAGGCGCCGCUCUUCAACCUCCAAGGCCUCGACUGACCUGUUCCACGAGCAAUCCCCCCUUUCCACCAUAGCCCACGCUGUGGAAUCCGGUGAGCCGUUGGAUGCCGACCAGCUUGAGGCUUUUUCUGCCGUGGUCCGUAGCGAAAUAAGGAGUCUUGCGUCGGAGCUGCGUGGGAAGAGCACUUCGGAAGAGUGGGCAUAUCCCAAGAACCUCACCUUGGCCAAUUUCGCCGAUUGGACGAUGCUCCCAACGCUUGUCUACGAGUUGGAGUAUCCCCGCCAGGAGCGCAUCAACUGGUGGUAUGUCGCUGAGAAGACGGCCGCGACCUUUGGAAUAAUCUGGGUCAUGAUUGUUGUCUCUCAGGCAUAUAUUUACCCGCCCGUUGCCGAGACAGUCCGCAUGAAGGAGGCCGGCAUGACACUUCAGGAGCGCGCGCUGGAGUUCCCCUGGAUAGUCAGCGACAUCCUCUUCCCUCUGCUUCUUGAGCAAAUCCUCACCUGGUAUUUGAUUUGGGAAUGUAUACUCAAUGUCCUGGCUGAGUUGACUCGCUUUGCCGACAGAGGCUUCUAUGGAGACUGGUGGAAUAGCGUCAGCUUCGAUCAGUAUGCGCGCGAUUGGAAUCGUCCCGUGCACAAUUUCCUCUUACGUCAUGUCUACCACUCCUCCAUCUCCUCGUGGCACCUCAGCAAGGGCUCCGCUACCUUCGUUACAUUCUUGCUCUCUGCUCUGGUUCACGAGCUCGUCAUGUUCUGUCUGUUUAAGAAGGUACGGGGCUAUUUGUUCGCCACGCAACUAUUGCAAAUUCCUCUGGUCAGUUUAAGUCGGACUCGCUUGUUGAAAGGCCGCACUGUUUUGGGAAACGUAGUCUUCUGGAUAGGAUUAUUCGUCGGACCGAGCGUUAUAACAAGCCUCUACCUGAUUGUUUAA